CCGGUUCCAGCUAGUAUUGUGAGCAUGCGCAAUCGGUGUAAACAGGAAGGGACGACAAUUUCAGGAGCUACACAAGAAAGAAGCCAAGCGUCUGAUUUGAAAAUAGCUUAUCUUGUAUGCCGACAGGGUUGUAUGAACAAUGUUCCACACUACAUGCAGAUAAUCAUCGUGACACAACUGCAGACACUUCUACAUUCAUCGACAAGGUCGGACAGGUCUACUAACAUCACGACACGGGCGCUGAUCUAACCUCGUUAACUCGUCUGCUGUGUACGAAACCAUCCCUUGAGGACACCUUUCGUCCAAACCCCUUCCUCUCCGUUGGGUUGACAUAUGCAUUCAUAUUGAGAACAUUAUACAAAACAUGGUUCAAAAAGAUAAGGCGUUGGAAACGUCUCCAUUGGAGGGCGAGCCGAGCCCCAGCCCCCUGUCUACUGAAGCUGGUGCCGAGGCCGCUGCGGAGUCCGGGGAGGAGCGGGUCCUCUGCGUCGAACCGGACGGACAUCGGAAAUUCAUCAGCGGGGUGGUGGAAGGAUUUUAUGGUCGGCCAUGGACAAUGGAACAAAGGAAAGAGUUGUUCAGGAGGCAGCAGAAAUGGGGUCUGAACACAUACCUCUAUGCUCCUAAAGAUGACUACAAACACAGAAUGUUCUGGAGAGAGUUGUACUCUGUGGAAGAAGCAGAGCAACUCAUGACCCUCAUCAGCGCUGCCAAGGAGCAUAACAUAGAGUUCAUCUAUGCCAUUUCCCCAGGGCUCGACAUCACCUUUUCUAACCAGAAAGAGGUUUCCACACUGAAGAGGAAACUUGACCAGGUUACGCACUUUGGCUGCAAGUCCUUUGCCUUACUCUUUGACGACAUCGAGCACAACAUCUGCCCCGCGGACAAAGAGGUGUUCAGCUCUUACGCCCACGCUCAGGUCUCCAUCACCAACGAGAUAUUCCAGUACCUUGGCGAGCCCGAAACGUUCCUCUUCUGUCCCACAGAGUACUGUGGUACCUUCUGCUACCCAAAUGUCUCUCAAUCUCCCUACCUCCACACGGUAGGAGAGAAGCUUCUGCUUGGCAUUGAGGUGCUAUGGACAGGUCCCAAAGUUGUAUCCAAAGACAUCACCGUGGAGUCCAUAGAAGAGGUGUCCAAGAUCCUCCGGAGAGCGCCGGUGAUCUGGGACAACAUCCACGCCAACGACUACGACCAGAAGAGGCUGUUCCUGGGCCCCUACAAGGGCCGCUCCACAGAGCUCAUCCCCAGGCUGAAGGGAGUGCUCACCAACCCAAACUGCGAGUUCGAGUCCAACUUUGUGGCCAUCCACACCCUGGCCACCUGGUACAAGUCCAACAUGAACGGCGUACGCAAGGAUGUGGUGAUGACGGACGGCGAGGACAGCACGGUGUCCAUCCAGAUCAAGCUGGAGAACGAGGGCAGCGAUGAGGAGCUGGAGACGGACAUGCUCUACAGCCCCCAGCUGGCCCUCAAGCUGGCCCUCACCGAGUGGCUCGGCGAGUUCAGAGUGCCCCACCAGUACAACAGCCGACAGGUGCCCCACAGCGGGGCCAAGAGCAGCGUCCUGGACGUGUUGUCCCUGGGCGCCCCGUCCCUGUGCUCGGCCACCAGCGUGACCACCGUGUUCCAGCAGCCCAUCAUGUCCCCGGUGGUGCCCCCGCUCUGCCCCGACCCACACACACACCCCAUGGCCAAGCGGCGGAUAGAGCUGGAGGAGGCGGAGGUGGAGGUGGAGGCGGAGGUGGAGAAGAAGGACUCGGACGAGGAGCCCAUGGAGACGGUGGUGGAGAAGCUGGAGGAGGCGGAGGUGGAGGCCGACGCUGACGUCAAGCUCGACGGGGCCGUCACGGCCGAGAAGAUGGCGGAGGACCUGCGCCCCAUGGACACGGACAAGGAGGUGCUGCCGGACUCCAAGUCGUCAGCAGAGUUCCUCCAGGAGGAGUUCAUCCAGGAGGAGUUCAUCCAUGAGGAGUCCAUCCACGAGGAGUCCAUCCACGAGGAGUCCAUCCACGAGGAGUCCAUCCACGAGGAGUUCCUCCAGGAGGAGUCCGUCCCGGAGGAGUCCAUACUGGAGGAGUCCAUACUGGAGGAGUCCAUUCAGGAGGAGUUCCUCCAGGAGGAGCCCGUCCCGGAGGACUGUGGGAGCGACAUCGCCCCGAUGCAGACGGAUGAGCUGCUGAAACAGGACGUGUUUGUGCCCGGUGCAGACGAGAAGCCCCUGUUCUCCGUGGAACCCCUCUCGCUGGAGGACCUGAGCCUGCUGGCAGAGCUCUUCUACCUGCCCUACGAGCACGGGCCCAAGGCCGUGCAGAUGUUGAAGGAGUUCAACUGGCUGAGGGCCAACAGCAGCACCGUCAGUAUCAACUGCAAGGGCACGGAGCCCGGGAAGGUGAUGGAGUGGCAGAACCGGGCGGAGAAGUUCGAGGACAUGUGCUGCUCAGUGAUGCAGAUGUUCACGCGGCUGUCCAACUCGGCCAACCGGACCAUCCUGUACGACCUCUACACGUACAUGUGGGACAUCAAGAGCAUCGUCUCCAUGGUCAAGUCCUUUGUCCAGUGGCUAGGGUGUCGUAGUCAGUCUUCAGCACAGUUCCUUAGUGGAGACCAAGAGCCAUGGGCCUUUAGGGGAGGUCUAGCAGGAGAGUUCCAGCGGUUGUUGCCAAUAGAGGGGGCAAACGACCUUUUCUUCCAGCCGCCCCCUUCAAUGCCAACCUCCAAAAUCUAUUCCAUAAGGCCGUACUUCCCCAAAGAUGAGACCGCCAUCUACUCAAUCUGCAAAGAGAUGUACUCUGAAGGGAUGGAGGAGGAGGUCCCCUUCUCUGAGCAGGACUCAGAUCUCAUAGGAGACCGGUUGGUGGGCGGGAUCCUGAGUCUGAGCCCUGACUACGGCUUCGUGCUCGAGGACGAGGAGGGCAUCUGCGGCUACGCCAUCGGCACCGAGCACGUCAAGCCCUUCGUCAAGAAGUGCAAGCUGACGUGGAUCCCCUGCAUGCAGGAGAAGUACCACAAGCCGGACUGUGAGAAGGACCUCUCAGACGCAGAGAAGAUGAUGCUGAGCUUCCAUGAAGAGGAGGAGGGCCUUCCGGAGUCCUUCCUCUCAAACUUCCCAUCGCUCAUCAAGGUGGACAUUCACGCCAAGGUCACCGACCCCAGCGUGGCCAAGAGCAUGAUGGGAUGUUUGUUAUCCUCCCUCAAGGCCAACGGUUCCAACGGCGCCUUCUGCGAGGUGCGGCAGACGGACAAGCGCAUGCUGGACUUCUACAGCAAGCUGGGCUGCUUCGAGGUGGCCAAGAUGGAGGGCUUCCCCAAAGACGUGAUCCUAAUGGGCCGCAGCCUCUGAGACCCCCCCUGCCGCGCGCCCCCCCCCCCCCCCCCCCCCGGCACCGUGCGUCCUGUCUGCACACUGGGUCACAUGACGUAUGCCGCUCCACCUGGCUGGUGCCGCCCUGCUGGACCCACCGGCCCAGUGUGGACAGGGCCCUGAAGGUACCGGCCUCGGUCACUCCCAUCCAUUGUCGCCUCGAUAUCGACACACACACCACAUUGCAACGUCUCUGUAUCUGGGAAGCCCCCCGGAGCGUCCGCCUGCCGCCCACACGGAGGGAUGCAACCAUCGUAGGAAGGAGAGCGGCUCUGCUUCAGUGCAACGCUGUGCUUCUGUGCACACAUUUAGGAAAGGGAGGAGCCAACAUGGUCCUCACGUAUGGUUCUGUUGGGACCGUGGCCUUACCCUGUGAAGGCAGACCCGGUCUAUGGUCAGCCUCUUAGGCGCUGUAUGACAGACCUCCGAGGACGAGGAAUGAGACUACUGAGAUUACUGAUCUUUUACACAAUACGGUGCUCAAAUUAUAUAUGUUCGCCUGCAAAAACCCCCUCCAUAGAAAUAUGAUCCAUUUUUAUUGAAUGUUUUUUGCUUCAAGCAUACGUUAUGGUUCCCUCGUUAUCUUGGCUUUUGAUUAAUUGCAUUUCAUUAUGAGUUCCAAAUUCUAAAAAAAACAUUUUUAGCCAGCUACAGGAGUUCAGUAGCUGAAAUCUAUAGACUAGAGAGAAACGGUUCAGUGGUCCUUACUGGAGAGAAGCCAGCUCACCAUGCAACCAACGGGCGGCUCUGGUGAGCCAUCGGAGCUACGUUCACUAGGUUGCACUGUAACUAAAUGUUCCCAUGUACCAUGCCAAACACACUUUGGUUGGCAUGGUAAUAGAGAGCAGUCCCAUCACAUCUGCUAAUUGCAUUCCUCUCCACAUUGUUUACAACAUUACACGCACAUACAAACAUUGAACCAACACACACGCAUACACACACCUCAGUGAGUGUUCUCUUGGUCAUGCCUGCACACACGCCAUUGAUAAGGUAAUUAAAACCCACCUAAUCCUACUUCAUUGUACAGGGAGGGGGGCGGUCGUUAAAAUAUUCCUAUGCCUUUUCGUACCUUUGUUUAACGUUUUAUACUCUUAACGUAUUUCCCCAUUUAUCUUGUUUUGUUUUGGAAAUCCUUAAACAGAGGUUUAAAGAAGCACUUUGACUAUAACUAGCGUUCAUCCGGAUGAAGGGGAUCCCCUCUUCAGUAGCUGCCUGCCUAUGUGAUGUUUGAUUAUGGUGUACAUUUAUGAUGUGCAUGAGGUGUAUUGGAUUUGCUGUGGCAGCCAUUUGUAGUGAGCUCAUGCAAGCGUAGAGGGAAGCAGCAUGCCGCAAGCCUCCGUGGCCAUAAUACUUCAUGACAUGUCCAUAAACACUGAUUAAAUAUGAAAAUUUAUCAUUUUGUAUUGUAUAUCUAUAGACAACUUGUUCAUAAUAAUAAUGUCUGUUUUUCCUUAGCGAACGCAGGCCUUGUAAUGUUAGCCACUUGUACAGCCAUCUUUCACAACUCAGUUGUUGUGAGAAUCACCAUCUCUCUCUCUCUCGCUCUCUUUCUCUCUCUCUCUCUCUCUCGGUGGCAACACUCGUUUUAAGGGUAAAUUGUGCUGACUGUUCUUUCUAUUCUAUAUUCUGUCAUGCCGAGAGCUGACAAAUACAUGAAGGAAAGGGUUUUGAUUGUACAUUUUGAUCAAGGUGUUGUAGGGGGAGUGAGGGGGUACAAGUAUCGAUUUAUGAAACAUUUAUAUUUACGUUGAGAUGAACCAUAAAAAUAAAAAAACCAAGAUACGUGUUACUUUG